AUGACGGGAUGGAUAUAUUUGCACCAGGCGUUGCGGCUGCUUACGCCGUAUCCGCAGGCCGUUCUCAACAACAAACGGUCGUCGGUGGCUGGCUUUUCGCUCGACUACGGACUCUGGGCGUUCGUGGGGGCGGUGUGUCAUUUCGUCUUCACCCUCACAUACAUCAACAGCGAUCUGGUCCAUCGGCAGUUUGUGCAGAGAUACCCGUUAGCGUUUGAUAUGCCCAGCGCGUCCGGGGUGAUUGCCCUAAUUGACUUGAACGAGUCAUUGGUGUGGGGCGUGUGUGCUGUGCAGGCGUGGUAUUCAUACAGACACACCCAGACCAAUGCGCAGUCGUGGUCUCUGGAAUGCAAGGUGAUUAUGGGUCUUUUUUUCGGCGUGCUUGUGUUCCUGCUGAUGGCGGUCAAGUCCCAUCCCUUUGCAAAGGUGCCCUCGCCUCCUGGAGUCGGCUAUCUGGGUAUCAAGUUCAUUGACGUGGUGGACUGGCUUGGAAUCAUCGGAGACUUCAGCGUCUACGCCCGUUACGUGCCGCAGGUGUCGUGCAACUGGACGGUGCAGAGCUGUGUGGGCUCGUCGUUUUUGCUCAUUGUGCUGGAUCUGGCGGGCGCGUUUUUCGGGAUUCUCGACGUUCUGGGCGCCAAAAAGGCCAAGCCCACCAAGGAGAGAAACCGAAACAAAGUCGUGCGGGCCGUGCGUCCCUCGGGUCUCUUUUGGGCAUGCUGGUUCCGCUUUUUCUGGGAUCUCGUUCUGCUCUACCAGCAGGUGAAAUACAAGGGAUGUCGUCCUCUGGUCAAGAGGAAGUACGUGAAGCCCGUGGACGUGGAAGUGAUGGGAGAAGAAGACGACAGCGAUGAGGGCCAUCGACUGUUGCGUUCGGGCGAGGUGGAACUGAGAGACAUGGCGUGA